AUGCCUUCUACAGCAGAAACUAGACCCGAGGAAAACCCCUGGGAGAAUGCCGAGGCACCUACCCACGGCAGCAAUCUCAUAACCAAAGUUCAUCGCGAAUCAUACGAGGCAAUCUCACCAACUCGUCCCGAACUCUCUCAGGCCGGCCAUACUGUUCUCGUCGCUGGAGCCUCCACUGGAAUUGGCUUUAGCAUCGCCGAGUCUUUCGCCGCCGCUUCUGCGACUCGUCUCAUCAUCACCGGCCGUCGCCAGGAUACUUUGGACAAAGCUGCUGAGAAAAUCAAGACAAAGUACCCUAAUGUUGAGGUCAUCCCGAUUAACAAUGACUUUGCUAAUGAGAAUGCCACGCGAGAGUUCUGGAAGAAACUUGGUGACGAGGGUGUCUUCGUUGAUGUUCUCGUGUUGAGUGCUGCGAAAAUGUGGUUGCCCAACACUAUUCUUGGACUUGGAUAUGAGACCUUCAAGGAUGGCCUUGGAGUGAACCUUAUUGCUCCGUAUUUGUGGACGAGCCUGUUUUAUAAGCAGCGUGAAAUCGACCCUUCACGAAAACUGGUCCUUGUCAACUUAUCCAGCAUUGCAAUCCAUCUAACUCAGCUUUCUGUUCCCAUUCCUCUUUACUCAAUCACCAAGAGCGCUGGGACGAUGAUGAUGCAGCACAUCGCCAUGACUGUACCUUCCAGCGAGAUGCAGGUCAUCAGUUUCGAGCCGGGACUCCACUACACUGAAUCGUUCGAACGUUUCACCGAUGAGAACAGUUUCAAGUGGGAUGACAUCAAAUUGCCUGGCGAUUUUGCUGUCUGGGCAGCGUCUGAAGAAGCCGAAUUCCUCCAUGGUCGGUUUGUAUGGGCAAAGUGGGAUGUCGAUGAGCUCAAGAUUGGACCUCUUCGGAAGAAGAUUGAGAGUGACGCUUCCCUUUUCAGGGUUGGAGUCAGUGGAUAUUAA